AAAACGUCAAACCCGCUUUUUUGUUAUUGAUAGUGACGAUUUUCGGACAGACAUUUAUCUUUGAAGUGCUCUUAUCUUUUUUCACCGUACCAGUGUCCAUCAAUUAACUCUGGCGUUCACAAUUCCUUGUCGUACGUUCAGCACCUACAGUAGCUCCCUUCGACAAAAAAUGUCUGAAAUUGUUUACGAUUACGUUGUCAUUGGCGGUGGAUCUGGGGGACUUGCCUCUGCCCGACGUGCAAGUGGCUGGUAUAAUGCAAAAGUAGCACUUGUGGAAGCAUCACCACGAUUGGGUGGUACCUGCGUUAAUGUCGGAUGUGUUCCGAAGAAAGUAAUGUGGAAUACAGCUUCGAUUGCUGAAAGUUUACGGGACGCUAAAUCGUAUGGUUUCGAUGUGAGCACAAACUCGUUCAAUUGGCUGGCAUUGAAGGAGAAGCGAGACGCAUACAUUACACGGCUGAAUGGAAUUUAUGAACGAAAUUUGGGCAACGACAAAGUUGAAUAUCUGAAAGGUUUCGCUAGCCUGGUGAAUCAAAACACGGUCAAAGUACAGAACGGAGACGCGUCCAGUGAAAUAAAAGCGAAAAACAUUUUGAUUACAGUUGGUGGUCGUCCAAUCAUUCCGAAUGUUCCCGGUGCAGAGCUCGGUAUCAGUUCAGAUGGAUUUUUCGAUUUAGAAAGUCAGCCAAAACGUGUUGCGGUUAUUGGUACCGGUUACAUCGGUGUGGAAUUGGCUGGCAUUUUCCAUGCACUGGGUAGCGAUGUUACAAUCUUUUCUCGAACGAAACAGAUCUUGCGAUCGUUCGAUUCCAUAAUUAAGGACACGUUGCUGAAGGAGAUGCAAAAUGUUGGCGUCAAUUUUGUUUUUGACUCUGACGUACGAGCGAUUUCACAGGAUGGAUCGUCGAAAAAAGUGAAAUUUUUGAGCGAUGGCGUGGAAGGCGAAAAAGAAUUUGACUGUGUUCUCUGGGCUAUUGGAAGGGAACCGAAUGUUGACGGGCUCAAUUUGAAAGCUGCAGGAGUGACCACUAAAAACAAUGGUUACAUAGUUGUCGAUGAGUAUCAGAACACUUCAGUAGCUGGUAUCUACGCAUUGGGUGAUGUUUGCGGCGAAGCUGAACUAACUCCAGUGGCUAUUGCCGCUGGUCGAAAACUGUCGGAUCGUCUUUUCGGUCCCGAACAUUUACGUAGUUCCAAAUUGGAUUACACAAACAUCCCUACUGUUGUAUUCUCUCACCCGACUGCUGGUACAAUUGGAUUGAACGAAGACGCGGCUCGCAGCAAAUACGGCGACGAGAACAUUAAGAUUUACACAUCGCGCUUCGUUAACAUGUGGAAUGCCAUGCUCGACCAUAAAGAACCAACGGCCUACAAAUUAGUCUGUGCCGGAAAGGAAGAGAAAGUGGUCGGAAUGCACAUUAUCGGCAGAGGUAGUGACGAAAUUUUACAGGGAUUCUCGGUGGCAAUUAAAAUGGGUGCAACGAAGGCGGACUUCGAUUCGGCCGUUGCUAUUCAUCCGACGGCAUCUGAAGAACUUGUAACAAUGCGAUAAACGACAUGACAUCUGGAGUGAUAAUGGAAAAAAUGAAGCACCGAAUUUCACCGCAGAUAUCUCACAUCAUUAAAACAAAGUUAUAGCUGCUACUGAUUGGUGGCCUUUAUAUGUUUAGAUUUUUGGAAAUGUUUUUUGUGUUACGACACUCAUAUAAUGUAUAAUAGGAUCAUUCAAUUUGAAUGAUGAUAUAAAUGUGGUUGGCAAAUAUA